UCUUCUCCCUCAAACAUCAAGCACAAAUAAAAAAAAACAUUUUAUCAAAUUAUGGCUCCUAAAAAAUUUGAAAUCGGUUUUAUCGUUAUCCUUGCAUUCGUGUUGUGCAGAGGCGCAUUCGCCCAAUCGAGUUGUGCUAGCACGCUUUUCAGCCUUUACUCGUGCAUGAAUUAUGUAACCGGAAAUACGAGUAGCCCAACACCUUCGUGUUGCUCAUCACUGUCGAAUGUGGUCGACACGCAACCACAAUGCUUGUGCCCGUUGGUCAAUGGCGGUGGCUCGUCUUUUGGUUUUUCUAUCAAUCAAACGUUGGCCAUGGCAUUACCGGCGGUUUGCAACGUGCAAACUCCUCCGCUCAGUCGAUGCAACGGUGGUGUUGAAGGACCAACGAGUGCCCCGGGACCUUCGCCUUUGAGUUCCCCUACGGAUGGGUCCACUGAACCAGCCGAUACACCAUCGACUAAUUCAGACCCCUCCAUGCCUUCAGGUGGAGGAUCGAGGACAGUGCCGGCAACGAACGCUAGUACUUCAAAUCGAAGCUAUGCUGCAUCUUUGAUUCAACUCACUGUUUUAGCUUUAUUCAUUUAUAACUGUUUGGACAGUUGAUAUUGUCAAGUUUUGAGCAUUUGAUUUGUACAAGGUUUCAUUCUAUUUUUUUGUUAUUGUUGUUGUGUUUGCAACUUGUUUUUCUCUCUGUUUUGUUCCCCUGUUUCUUUUGUAAGAUUGUCUCAUCUUAAACAAAUUACUUUAUCCAUUGGCACUCGAUAAAAAACUU